AUGAGUUCAGAGCCAGAGACAACAACUACUGCGGCCGCUACGGCGAAAAACGAGGGAAAUGAGUCUGGGGACGAGUAUUUAUCGCAAGACGAAGAAGUGUUUGACGGCAACGACAUAGAAGAUAACGAGACUCGUGUAUACGAGGAGUCACUGGAUCUUGAUCUGGAUAGCAGUGCACGACAGGUUUGGCUGGUACGACUGCCGAAGUUUCUAGCGGAGAAAUGGCGCCACAAGUCGAAUCUCAACGGGCAAGAGCUGGGGAAAAUCCGUAUCAACAAGAACAGCCAGACAAUCCAGAUGUUUUUGAACCACACAGAGGAUAACCUGGAGAUUCCACACCAGUAUGACCUGGAACUGACCAAAAAACUGGUCGAGAAUGAGUAUGUGUUUACAGAGCAAAACUUGAAGAAGUACCAGCAGCGUGAGCGCGAGCUGGCAGCGGACCCGGAAAAGCAGAAACAGGCGUUUAUACGGCGCCAAGAGCGCGAGGAGGAGAUGCGUAAGAAACAGCAACAGCUCAAACGGCGCAACAACAAGCGGCGGUUUCAAAACCGGGUCAUGACCGACAGAGACGGACGCGACCGGUACAUCCCGUACGUCAAGACCAUUCCCAAGAAAACCGCGAUCGCGGGCACAGUGUGCCACGAGUGCCACGUCAUCCCGUCCAUGGAGGACCCACACUACCACAAGAUCGUCGAGCAGCGUCGUGAUAUCGUGCGCAACAAGCACAAGCCCACGGUCACGGUGCUGGACCAGACGCCGGGGGUGACGAUGAGCCACGCAGGGAUGUCGAUGCGCUCGGACAACUCCAAUUUCCUGAAAGUGGGUCGCGAAAAGGCCAAGAACAACGUGCGUGCCAUUCGUAUGCCCAAGAAGGAGCUGCUGGACUUUUUGUUCAAACUGUUCGACGAAUACGAUUACUGGUCAUUGAAGGGUCUCAAAGAGCGUACCAAGCAGCCCGAGGUGUACUUGAAAGAGUGUUUAGACCAAGUGGCCAUUCUGGUCAAGAAGGGCCCCUACGCGCUCAAAUAUACACUCAAGACUGAAUACAAGCGACUCAAAGAGGCCGAGAGAGCCGCUCGGUUGGGUGAGCUGGCGAAAGACGACGAAAACGGCAGCGAUAACGGCGAUCACGACGGUGAAGGUGGCAACAACGCCGAUAACGGCGAUCACGACGGUGAAGGUGGCAACAACGCCGAUAACGGCGACAACGGUGACCCCGACGGCGACGACGAGAUCGAAAUGGAGGAUAUCUUGUGA